AUGAAAGCGGCGUUUGAAGCAGUUAUACAAGCUUGCAAUGAAAUCGACAUGGUGGCUGCAAAAGAAGGGACGUCAAAUUUUGUGAUGCCGCAUGUUAAACAAGCAUUUAUUAAUUUGGCCGAGGCAUACUUGAUGGAAGCAAAAUGGUGCAGUGAAAAGUACGUCCCAAGCUAUGAGGAGUACAAGAAUAACGGAGUUGUAUCUUCUUUUGGUCCACUUCAGAUAACUUCUUUCCUGGGCCCUGGAAACCUAGCAACCGAAGAGGUGUUUGAUUGGAUUUCCACAAAUCCAAAAAUAAUUGAAGCUGUCUCACUUAUUGGCAGACUCAUGGAUGACGUGGCCACUCAUGAGGACAUUAAUGAAGAGCAUCUGAACAAUCCAUACGACAUCCCAAAAUCUCUGCUUGACUAUGUCGUCAAUUGGGCUAGGGUGUCUGAGGUUGUCUAUGAGAAUCUACAAGAUAGAUUCACCAAUGGCGAGUCCCUCAAACAUUACAUUGUUGUGUUAUGUGCCAAGUUUGAUGGUGAUAUGGAUAUAUUAUGUUUGUUUAUGGAUUGA